UGGAGGAAAGUGCCGGCUGUUCUCGCUGGUUAGUCUGGCAUGAAUCGUCGUGCUCGCUCCGCGGAUAUAUACAGUAGAUUUCGAGUUGUUAAAAGCAGUGUCUCUUGACGUGUCUUAGGAAACAAUCGUCAUCCACUAUGUCUGGCAGAGGUAAAACCGGCGGAAAGACCAGAGCGAAGGCAAAGACUCGCUCUUCCCGCGCUGGGCUCCAGUUCCCCGUGGGCCGUGUUCACAGGCUGCUGCGUAAAGGCAACUACGCACAUCGCGUUGGUGCCGGCGCCCCCGUCUACCUGGCGGCUGUGCUGGAGUACCUCACCGCUGAGAUCCUGGAGCUGGCUGGAAACGCCGCCCGCGACAACAAGAAGAGCCGUAUCAUCCCCCGCCACCUGCAGCUGGCCGUCCGCAACGACGAGGAGCUCAACAAACUCCUUGGCGGAGUGACCAUCGCUCAGGGCGGCGUGCUGCCCAACAUCCAGGCUGUUCUUCUGCCCAAGAAGACCGAGAAGGCCCCCAAGUCCAAGUAA